AUGCGUAAAACCUGAAGCAUCACUGGAGAGGUGUCUCUCUCUCCCGCCAUUGAAGUAGCUAUCUAUCGUUCUGAGAAUGAGAAUACACGCAUUUUGUGUCUCCGCUUUUGCUUUUACGAUUUCUCCUUUUCCUAACCCUAAGGGUGCACUUUUGCAAGAUUGGAAACUUCGAAAGCAUGCGUUGAGCUUGAGGCUCACGCCAUUUCCUUGGAAUUCAAGUUGCAGAAAGAGGAGGAGAACUUUCAUCUGUGCAGCCAAUCAAGAAGCUGAGGAUGCUUUUAAGAAGACUGUUGAAAUUGAUAGGCUCAUAGAUACACUCAGAGAAGCUAAUCCUCGCGAACUUCAGCAACUUGUUGUUGAAAACAUUCUUGCUUUCAAUCCUAGCUUUUGGGUUCGACUUGCGGCAAGGACUGAUACUUGCAAGUCUGAGGAUGAUAAAAAAGAUUAUGAAGAAUUGGCUGCAUCGGUCAUGAGUGUGGUGGAUUGUGUGGUGCAUAAGACUAAGGAGAAGAUAGAGUCUUCCACCGAUGUAUUGAAGGGAGUACUAAAACCUGUGAUUGAUGAGGAAGGAGAGAUUCCAUGGCCUCCUAGAGAUCCCCAUGCCGUAACAUUGAUGGAAAAGGAAAUAAGUCAGAGGGAACAAGAAGGACAACUAGAUGAAGGCUUCCUCGCUGAAGUUAAUGCACAGCUUCGACAAGCAAAGGAAGACGGUGAUAAGCCUGGGCUCGAGGCUAUGUUGCAAAAGGUGUUGCAGCUCUAUGCUUCCAAAGUUCUCUCAAAACGUAGUUAUGCCAUUAAAGGGAAGGAAGUGUUAAAGGACGAGCAGUUCCUUGAAACCAUAAUCCAAGCUCCUGAACAAGAGUGGAACAAUAUUUUGAUCAAUGGAUUGACAAUUGGUGCGGGGAAUAUUUCAGCAGAGGAGCUCUUCGCUGUCUUAAAGAAACGAAUUGAACGCGUUUUGAUUCGAACGGAGGGAGGCUCUUACCGACAGCGCAUUCUGACAGAGUACCUGAGAGGCAUUGAAAAAAGAACAGAAGAGAUUGUUCAAGCGCUUCAGGGGAAACCACAAUAGCAUUUUCUUCGAACCUGAAAAUGGCUUGGCAGUUAGAAUGUCAUAAACCAAAGUAAUGUUCUGCAUGGUGCUGGAAGUGGGUUAUUAUUUGUGAAGCAGAUCAAGCUGAUUCAAUGAGCUGGAGAAAUAUAAUCACAUAUCUUCAAUCAGUAGCAAUACUCACACGGAUCAGAAGAUUGGCUUUCAGAAUAGUAUCUGUCGACUUUCAUAUUCAGGUAGCAGGUUAAGUAAUCUCUCCUGGAAGAAAAUAUACAUAUUUAUUGUAAUAUUGGAAUCUGGAAAAAUUAUUUUAAAAAAUAAAUAUAAUCAUUUGUGGUUUAAAUUUUGUUAA